AUGCACCCACCACCGAGUCCUCGGCGGGCGAACCCUCGGUUACCAUUGCACAAGCGCAAGUUCAGUCGCGACAUUUACGACACACGGAACCGCCAUGGCGAUCCGGAACCGUCCUGGAGCCGCGUCGAAAAAAUUUCUUCGAUUUUGGACAUAGGGGAUCUAACGGUUACGACCAGGUUGCAAGCUAGGUCGAAGCCCAAACGCGUCAGAUUUGCCGACGAAACCUCGGUGACAGGUGGAGAAGACGUCACACAACGAGAGGAAGCCAACGGUGUGCCAACAGAGGAUUCAGGUUUUUUGGAAACAGAGUCAAGACUAACGGCACCCAACGGUAAUACCCCCGCGUUGCCUAACGCGGAAGACGUGGACCCUCUAACAGUCCAAAGAGAACGCCGAAGAAGGAUCGCGACUGCUCAGGACGAGGAGUUACGGUGGGCGAAUUUGAAGACGGUUCUCUGCGGGGAAGAAUCAAACCUAACGUACCGUGCAGAGAGAAACGCGUGGAAAAUGUCCGACCACUUCGUUCUAAGUGAGGACAACGUGCUCUGCUAUGUGGGAACGAGACCUCUGAGGUGUGACCAACAGCAAGAAGACACGAUGCUGCGCCUAGUAGUACCCUCAACGAAGGUUCAGGAGGUACUACAGAACUGUCACGACUCGUUGGAAGGAGGCCAUCAAGGGAUCGCCCGAACUUUCUACAGAGUUAGGUUGGACUAUUACUGGAUCGGUCUAUACACAGACGUGGCGAGGCACGUGCGGUCCUGUCCCGACUGUAGCUCAAGCAAAAGUCGACCAAAGAUCCGUGGAUUCUCUCCGGGAAACAUACUAGCGGAACGACCGUUUCAGGUUGUUUCGACGGAUUUUGUGAUACCCUUACCGAAGUCUCGACGGGGUAACACAGCGCUCUUACUGUUCCAAUGCGCAUUCACAGGGUAUGUGAUCGACAAACCCAUGACAGACACGACUGCUCUGAGAGUGGCUCAGGCUUUUGAGGAGUGUGUACGGGAGAUUCGGCGCACUCUCUCACAUCAGACAUGA